AUGGGCGCGUCCGACUCCAAACUCACCUUCAAGCAGGGCAUCUUCCGCCUGUCGGAGCCCAAGCAGAUCCCCGCCGACGAUGAAUACUGGACCGGCUUCUGGGAGCUGCCCGAGAGCACCGAGGACGUCUUCUCGCUCUUCUCGCCCGCUGACAUACGGCGCACGCGCGACAACAACCUCGCCAACCUCGAGACGCUGAUCCUCGCCGUCACCUCGCGUCUCGUUGUCCUGCGCAACCACCCCUCCUUCCCCGACCCCGACCUCGCGCCCGAACGCGAUGCGCUCAACUGCAUACGGGUCCUCACACGGCUGCUGCCUUUCGUGUACGAGGCCGACCACCUGGAGUCGUGGGAAGACACCUUCUUCUGGGCCCAGCGCCGGAAGCGCAGUCGGCGGGCCCAGCUGCUGAAGAGCGAGGUCAUCUUCGACGAGUCUGACCCCGACCCAACGCCGACCGAGGCUGAGCCCGAGUUCACAAAGGCAAAGCCGCUUGCCGAGGAGAUCAUAGACACGCUGAUCGACCUGCUGUUCUUCUCCGAGUUUACGCUGCCGAAGGUGCCGGCUGGCAAGAACAAGGUCUCAUACGCCAUAUGGCAGAGCGGCGUUGGCUGCAACACACCCGUGGCCUCGACGAAGGAGUUGGAGAGCAACAGGACAGAGAUACUGAGGCUGCUGCUCGCCUUUGCCAGCAAGUCCAUGUACAUGUCAGCAGCUAUCCUACCAGUGAAGGGAGUCAGAGCCAUCACAUACAUGGCAACUUGUCCAGAGAAGCAGGUUGUCCUAUCGGUUCUCUGCUCGAUGCUGAAUACAACACUCAAAUACAACCCUGCAACAUGGCGCGUCCCGUACGACCACGUAGUGUUCAAGGACCAACGACAGAUUCUGGUCACCUACUGCUUACAACUACUUCUGGUGCUGAUACUGUACCCAAUACCUGAGGCCGGCAAUGGACCUGCGCCGAAGAACUUCUUCAGACAUUUCCUUGGACGUCUGCACCGCCCACAGGACUUCCAGUUCCUCGUUGAUGGCAUGACUAGGAUUCUGAAUCAGCCUCUCCAAGCGAACACAACAUACCUACCCGGCAGCCACAAGUCGCUGACUUGGGCGCCGGAGAUGAUCAUGUUGUUUUGGGAGGCUCUUCAGUGCAACAAGCGCUUCCGCUCUUUCAUCAUCGAUACAGACAGGGCCCAUGACUUUGUGGUGCUAGUGCUGUACUAUGCAAUCGAUCAGCGCAACGAUCCUUCCAAGCAAGGUCUUGUGCGCAUGUGCGUCUUCGUGCUGCAGACCUUGAGCGUCGAGCCUCAAUUCGGCAAGAGCUUGAACAAGGUCUUCGAGGGACAAGAGUCACUACCUCCAAGCAUCAGGAUACCGAACUUCCACGGUACCUAUGCCGACUACGUCAUCACGUCUAUCUACACAUUGCUCACCACGGGCAAGGGCAAGCUGGAACCCAUAUAUCCGGCUUUGCUUGCUAUUGUGAACAACAUAGCUGCCUACGUGCAGAAUCUCGGACGCGCCCCAAGCUCGAAGCUGCUCCAGCUCUUCGCGUCCAUGUCAUCGCCUAGCUUCUUGCUGGCUAACGACAACAACCACACCCUCCUGCAUUCGUUGCUCGAAGCGAUCAACGCAAUGGUCGAGCACCAGUAUGGGCAUAACCCCAACUUGGUGUACGCUAUUAUACGGUCAAAGAAGAAGUUCCAGGUACUACGAGAUUUCACACUCGAGAGCGGACAAGAAGAGAUUGAGCGCCAGAAUCAGCUGCGCAAAGAGGGCAAUGGAGCAGAGCUAUCCAGGCAGACGUCCAUUGACAGCUUGCGAAGUCCUACAGCUGCACGCACGCCUUCUUUGGGAAAUGUGCCCGAAGAAAAUAGUGCCUUCGCCAUUGGCAGCGACGACGAAGACGAUUCUGAUGCUGAGGAGACGACCCCGCUGCCGCUUCCGAGGUCACCAGUACAGCCACCGCCUGAUGGCUCGCGCGGUGCAUCGCGUAGCGCAUCGAUAGCCUCUUCUGUAGAUGAGUCUGUCCCUCUACAACUACGCGGCAUGUCCGAGAAAGCGCGGGGGAAGAUGCCAGUCGGACAACCCACAUUCUCACGCCAGAACAGCAUGACAAGCCUGGCCAGCAUCAGCGCAGUACCCAAUUUUGGUGCGAACGAGUUUUUCACGCCAUCAGUCACAUGGCUCGAGUCCUGGCUCAGCGAGCUCCCUCUACACACCACACUCAUGCUCAUCCAAACCCUGACCCCUCUGCUCGACUCCAGCACCGACACAACAACCGCCCUCAACACCAUCAAAUCCACCACGAUCCCCAGCAUUGAGCCUUCACCAAUCCGCGUGCACCUUUUCGAAUGGUCUACCCUAUCUUUAGGCUGGUACGAAUCCCUGCUCUGGGGUUUUGUGUUCGCCAGUGAAAUGGUAGUCGCCAAGGGCACCGCGGGCGUAUGGAAUAACACCAGCAUCCGCUUGUUUAGGGUGCAGCAGGGCGAGAGCCAAACGCCGAGUCUGCUUGCACCGAGAGGGGCUGUGGAUGCUGUCGGAAGCAAUCUGGUGCAGCGGAUUGGGAGUCUGAACCUGGGACGUGCAGUGCCGGGAAGUGCUACGCCGCCGCCAGCAGGGAGAGGCGCGGGGGGUAAUGGCGCCCAGACGGGUGUCAGAGAUGUGUAG